AGGGCUGUUGGGUUAUUGGGGGCUCUGGCUGAUAGAGAUCGAAUCGCGUCAGGAGCAAAGGCCUUGCGACAGCUUUGUGACCCCCAUACCUCUCAGCCCACCAUCGCCCGAAUACUCACCCCCCCGAUCUGUCCCCCAGCUUCUCCGGUGAUGGAACUUUGAUGUAAUGUAGAAGUCUUCGUGCCUCAGAUGCCAUGAAUUCGCACCAAGCAGACGAGAUGGCGCAUCGAGAGCGCGACUCGGUAGAGCGACACCACCGAGACCCUCGAGACCCCCCAUACCCUGCGUCGACAGGAACACCUCAUCAUAGCAAUGCUGGCUCCCUCCCCAUCCACCAGCCGGUUGCCUCGAGACUUCCAGGUGCGAUACACAGUCCCGGCGGACUGCUGGCCAGCCACGGUUCUGCUCCCUCCAUUCCAAUAGGCGCUCCCUCUGCUGCCUCCUUUCCCGGCGGCCCUCUUGCCGAUGUCACGAACCGACCACCUCCCCAGAACGCCCAAACUGCAUCCAGCCAGAUGUUUAGUGCCAUCGGCGGCUCGACCCCUGUCCCAGCUACAUCCGCUGCCGCUGGGGCUGCCCUGGCUCUAGGCCCUCCUCUGCAGCAGGAAAACAGCCGCCCGCCGACACAAGGAAUACCGUUUGUUGGUGGUGGCGGUGCCCCAAGCUCGGGAGGUCCUCCCAUGCCCCCCGGUGCUGGGGCAUUGCAGCAAGGCCAACAGCCCAUCUUGAAUGAUGCUCUCAGCUAUCUAGACCAGGUAAAAGUGCAGUUUGCCGAGCAACCGGACGUCUAUAACAGGUUUCUCGAUAUCAUGAAAGAUUUCAAAAGCCAAACCAUCGACACACCUGGCGUAAUCAAAAGAGUUUCCGAGCUUUUUGCCGGCCACCCGAACCUAAUCCAGGGCUUCAACACCUUCCUACCGCCCGGCUAUAGAAUAGAAUGCGGAGAGGGCAAUCCGAGCCAUAUCCGAGUCACGACGCCUAUGGGCACAACCCUGCAACCCAUCACAGCCGGAAAGUUCAACUUUGCCGAAACCACUUCCAGUCAGCCAGCAUCAGGCGCAAGCUUCUUCGCGAGCCGUACGAGCAAUUGGCAACAACAGCAGUCCCAACCACAAAAUAGUAUAGAAAGCCCGGAAGCUCAGUUCAGUACGCCUGCCGUCAGUGUGCCUGGGCCCAGUCUUUUUGGUCAAAGUCAGGGCCAGGGUCAAGGUCAAGGUCAAGGCCAACCUCCCAGCUCGGCAGGCGCGUUCGACGGCCCUACGCCAGCACAACCUCAACGAGGCAGUUCGCAAGUGCCCAACUCGACAACGCCUAAUGCUCCAGGCACGCGGAACGCUCUCACUCCCACUCCUGGAACUCAAAACAGUGCGAACGGAAGUGCAGCCCAGGCCGCCAACAUGGAGAAGCGCGGGCCCGUGGAAUUCAACCACGCUAUUAGCUAUGUGAACAAGAUCAAGAAUCGCUUUCAGGAUAAGCCUGAGAUUUAUAAGCAGUUCUUAGAAAUUUUGCAGACUUACCAGCGAGAGCAGAAGCCUAUUCAGGACGUCUAUGCCCAGGUCACCAGUCUUUUCAACACUGCCCCUGAUCUUCUCGAGGACUUCAAGCAAUUCUUGCCCGAGACUGCAGCAUCCACUAACAAGGGCGGCUUAUCCCGCUCCGAAGAACCGCUUGGCCUGGCCGUCAUGGCCCAGUCGACUCCUCAGCCGAGCCAUACCAUUCGUGAUGGUCAGAAGAUGCCUCCUGUCGGCAACUUUGCACCUCCCAGCGCGAGCAAAGAGAACAAGAAGCGACCGCGCAAUGACAAGGCCCCGCCCGCUUCGGCACCCAGUAUAGCAGAGACAAGCCUUGUCCCUGUUGGUCAACGACCUUUACCCGGCGCAGUCAGUAGCAGCACCAACAAUACCAACAAUACCAUCAACAACAGCACCAACAAGAGACCAAAGCUGGGUCACAAGCCACUUGCCGCUGAUGUUCCAUCGAUUGAACCCACCCUGACACCCGUCAUGCCCGAGCCUCUUCCGCCGGCACCGGAUAGCCAAGCCUCUUCUGAAGAAGUUGGUUUCUUCGAGAAGGUUAAGAAACACAUCAGUAAUAGAGCUACGAUGACCGAGUUCUUGAAGCUCUGUAAUAUGUAUUCUCAGAAUCUCAUCGACAAGGACGACGUUAUCCACAAAGCAAGCCACUUUAUUAGCGGUAAUCCUGAACUGCUCAAGUGGUUCAAAGAGUUCAUGGGGUACGAAGGCUGGGACGAGAAUAUCGAAAACCGACCCCAGCCACCGAAUGAGAAGGUCUCCCUCAGCAACUGCCGUAGUGUCGGACCAAGUUACCGCCUUUUACCCCGCAAGGAGAAGCUGAAGCCUUGCAGUGGCCGUGACGAGAUGUGUAACGCUGUCUUGAAUGAUGAGUGGGCCUCGCAUCCUACGUGGGCUUCCGAGGACUCGGGUUUCGUUGCCCACCGCAAGAACGCGUUCGAGGAAGGGCUGCACCGCAUCGAGGAAGAGCGUCACGACUAUGACUUCAACAUCGAGGCGAACCACAAGUGCAUCCAGUUGUUGGAGCCUAUUGCUCAGCAGAUGCUCAAUAUGUCUCCACAUGACCGGGAACAUUACAAUCUACCUCAAGCCUUGAACGGUACCAGCACGUCUAUCUACAAGAGAGUUCUCAAGAAGAUCUACGGCGCAGAAAAGGGCGCCGAGGUCGUGAACGACAUGUUCGAGAACCCCUUCGCUGUCGUGCCGGUUGUCUUGGCCCGUCUCAAGCAGAAGGAUGAAGAGUGGCGAUUUACGCAACGAGAAUGGGAGAAAGUCUGGCAAGCACAGACCGAAAUCAUGCACUUGAAGAGUUUGGACCACAUGGGCAUCCAGGUUAAGCAGAGUGAUAAGAGGACUCUUUCGGCUAAGCACCUGAUCGACUCUAUCAAGACAAAGCAUGAGGAGCAACGACGUCUGCGCAGCGUCAAAUCCAAGGUUCCCCGAUAUCAGUACUCCUACGAACUGGACGAUCAAGAAGUCCUGCUCGACCUGCUUCGUUUCAUGGUCCUCUAUGGGACGAACAAUGGCCAUCAUAGUGCAUCCGAGAAGGAGCGCAUUAUCGACUUCUUCGAAACUUUCAUUCCACAGUUCUUUGAUUUGCCCGAGGACAAAGUGGCCGAUCGCCUUCGCGACAUUGAUCGCGAGUCCGUGGAGGACGACGCCGAGGAGCAACUCCCUGCCGAGUUAACUAAUGGAAGAUCUCGUCGUAAUGGGAAGAGGUCUGACCUCCUACGUGGCGUUCUGGAUCCGGGCCGCAACGGAACAAAAGGUCGAAAGGAGAAGGAAGGCAGUGCCGCUUCUGGUAGCAAAGAGAGCACACCUGACACUGGUUCCGGCAAUGAAGAGGAGACGGCCGAUGUCCACGACGAGGCAGCUCCUCCCGAGAUGUCAAACGAGCGAUGGCUCCCCAUCGUGCCGCGUGCCACGGUCGUCAAGGGAUCCCGAGAUCUGUUGGACGCUGAUGGCGAGCUCAAGGCUGAUGGCUUCUUCCCACGUCGGUAUUACCACUUCUUCUGCAACCAGACCAUCUACGUCUUCUUUACUGUUUUCGUGAGACUAUACCAGCGUCUGAAGGAUGCUAAGGAGAGUCGGGCUAGCGUGCUGGAGGAGAUUGCUCGGUCGAGGAGUAAGAAACCUGCCAAGCAACUAGGCAUUGCCGUCAACGAGAUGAGCUAUUUCGACGAAGAUGACCCAGCUUCAUUCUGGCCCAAGACAGUUGAACUGGUGGAGGAUUACAUUACCAAUGAGAUCGACGACAACCGCUACCAAGAAGUCCUCCGCCACUAUUAUCUCAAGAAGGGAUGGAAGCUGUACACCAUACAGGAUCUUCUCAAGACACUGUGCCGACUCUCUUUGGUCUGCAACAGCACUGACUCAAAGGAGAAGACGUCCGACUUAGUUUCACAGUUCUUACACAGCCGUGCGGAGAAGGAGACUAGCUUCCAAACCGAGAUGACCGCACGUACUUUCGCACAGAAGUGCGUGAAGGACGGCGAUCUGUUCUUGAUUCAAUGGUUCCCCAAUAAGUCGAACGCAACCAUUCGCUGGCUGCAACGGGAUGAGACUACUUUCCAUAUGGACGAGUUGGAACUCAAGGAACGCUGGCAGUACUACAUUUCAUCUUUCAUGCGUGUGGAGCCCACGGAAGGGGUUCCGCGCCAGAAGCUUCGAAAGCCAGUGCUUGCCCGCAACCUCCCAUCUAGCGAUGUGGAUUCCGAUGACGGCAACCUACCCAAGGCCAUUCAGUUUGACGAGAAUCUGAUCCUCAAGAUUUGUUUGAACACCAACAAGAUGGGCUUCGAGAAAGGUACAUCGGAGUACUUCAUCUACAACACCAUUCCCGUGACGGCUGAAGAGCAGACCGCCGCCGAAGAACGCCGCAACAUGGUUCAUGAGUGGCGGGAGCAGCGCCUGAAGGAGCGUUAUGUGAUGAACAACGGAUGGUUGAGUGAUGGUUGGAUGAAGAACUUGCCUCAAGAUGAGGUUCAAAGAGCAAACGAGAACUUCCAGAAAUGGGUCAAGGAUGGCGUGACGCCGUCGUCCAGUCUACGGGACGAGGUUAUGGGCGAUGUCGAGUAGGGAGCGGCCACGACUAUGGACGACUGCUCCUGGCGUCACCGCCGCAUCAUCACUUGGCUCAUGCGUUCUGCUUAUUUGAACCUUUCAUUCCUCAUCGUUCAGCCAUGAGUACAUACGUGUAUGGAAUGAACAUAGGAGCAUCGCGUUAGGCGUUUAAGGCGUUGAGGCGAUGAGACAAGAGCUCUACAGCCUCGCUGUGUUACGGGCUUUUGGUGGAGGUCUGCUUGUGGCCGCGCUAAUCGUGUUUCUUCGCAGUUGGAUUCCCCUACUCUCGAGGUUUUCAUAGUUUCCUUUCGUUGUCAUGUGGUGGCGGUAGUGCUUAAUGACGAUACACACUCAUGAGUCUUACGGCAUCAAUCUCACACCAUGUCGGGGUGGAAAGAGAUAAGACUUGAUUUGAGCACUUUGCUUGUAUAAAUAGAUCGAUCAGCAACGUUUUCUCACUUGUGAAUACACAAUUCUUUCGCACGA